AUGGAAGCAAUUGAACCAUAUCUUGAUAAAUCGUUUAAUGGAGUUCAUGGGCAAUUUCUUUGUCACGGAUGGAAGCGGAUAUUCCACAUUCAAGAGAUCGUGUACGAGGAACUACUCAUCGAAUUUCUAGCCAUGGUAUCUUUUGCAAGAAAGGAUGGCAUUUAUGCUGACAAGAACCUCACUUUUUGCCUCGGCGACGAGAGGGGCACUCUUAGCCUUGCAGAUUUUGCACUAAGGACGGAGAUUUACAUUCCGUCUGAAGUUCAUACCGAGUCUUAUCAGCAAUAUAUUGCGGGUUGUGUUAGAAAUAUAGAGGGGUUUAAAGCACAAUUGCAUUGGAAUGCAAUUGCAAAUGGGGUCUAUGAAAAAGGAAAUGCACAAGAGAGUGACAUCCAUUCUCCUGUCCAUCGAUUGCUGCACCGCCUAAUCACCAACACUAUUAAUCAACAACAAGAAGGGGAUAACUGCCCAACUAUAGACGUCUUUUUCUUAUGGGUCGUUACUUCCGACAAUACUCAUGUGGACCUACCGUUUCUGUUGGCGGAUUUUCUUGCAGUCCGAGCGGGAAAAGAUAGGCGAGGGUCUCCGUCAUAUGGUGACAUGUUGAUUACCCGGCUUUCGCAUUCAUAUGGCAUACUUGACAAACACGAAGCCAUGAUGUUGACUGUGAAGCCACAAAAUCCCUUUUCUACACUUCUUUAUAAGAGGGCGAAUAUUGUUGUUGAUCAUGGAUUUGGUAAUUUUGGUAUUCCCGAUGACACUCCGCGGGGCCAAGUGCCGAGGCGGGUACGACCAAGGGGAAAUGUACCUGAAGGAGAGGAGCCACCAGUUGUACCCGAGGUUGAUGAGAUGCCCAUGGACCCUUACAGUGUUGCUAGGCGAAGGUUUGAGGAUAACUUAGCAAGAAGUGGAAAUUAUACUAAAAUGGGUAUCGAUUAUCUUAUGGAGCAGUUACAUUUUCCCCGGCUCGCUCAUUUUCCUCCUACAUACCCUUACGAGCCAACUUGGGACAAAUUAUGGAAGGAGCAACAAGGUGGGGCUGGUGGAAGUGGAGAUGGAGGAGACGAUGAGGAAUAUUGA